UUUAUCUUGAAGGUAUCCUCUUUAUUAGCAAAUAAUUAAUUAAUUGAUAAUGCCUGGAGCUUUCUGGAAACCUAAAAAAUUGUUCAACCAACGUCGCAACCACGAACUUAUUGACCCAUUGACCCUAAGACGCCCUCGCGAACCACGUGCAUUACAAAAUAUUCAUAUAUAGCACACUAUAUAAUAUAAUACAAUAUUAAAAUCGUAAACUUUAGGGGUUAAUUUGGAUCAUCAACUCAGGCUCAGCCCUGUAUUAUAUUAAACUUCUCUUCCCUAGACGCCAACCCGGCCCCCUCAAUCUUUCUUUUAUUUCCACUGCCUUGACCCUGCUUCACAAUUCUUGCUAGUUUCGAUGGCCAUUUCUCUAUCCAAAACCUUUCUUUCUAUCAAACAUCAAGUUUUGCCAUCACAGAAAUGCUGUCCAGUGUCAUUUUCAGGCCAGAAAUCUCGCCUUGGACGUACCAAAAGCAUGGAAUUUUCAACAAGGCCGCUUACGAUCUCACGGGUUGUGUCCAAAACAAGUGAGUCCUUGUCCUCGAUCAUCAAUGAACUCGAAAUGGAAAGAAAAGCAAAAGAAGAAGAAGAAGAAGAAGAAGAAGAAGAAGAUAUUGCACCUGGUAAACAAGGAGAAAGAAGAGUGGCCGGUGUAUGGAGAGAAAUCCACGGCCAAGACGAUUGGGUUGGGAUGUUAGACCCAAUGGACCCUCUUCUACGGUCAGAGCUGAUUCGAUACGGCGAGAUGGCGCAAGCCUGUUACGAUGCUUUUGAUUUUGAUCCAGUUUCUAAAUAUUGUGGAAGUUGCAGAUUCACGCGUCUUCAAUUCUUUGACUCCCUAGGCAUGGCGCACCAUGGCUACGUGGUCUCGAGAUACCUCUUUGCAACAUCCAACAUUAACCUUCCGAAUUUUUUCAAGAAAUCUCGGUGGCCUAAAGUGUGGAGCAAGAAUGCAAAUUGGAUUGGAUACGUCGCGGUUUCCAACGAUGAAAUAUCCAAACGUUUAGGCCGUCGUGACAUCACCAUUGCUUGGAGGGGCACUGUGACGCGCCUAGAGUGGAUUGCAGAUUUAAUGGAUUUUCUCAAACCCAUUUCUUCCAACAAAAUCCCGUGUCCGGAUUCAUCAGUAAAAGUAGAAUCAGGUUUCCUGGAUCUAUACACUGACAAGGACGAGAGUUGCCGGUUCUGCAAGUUUUCAGCCAGGGAACAGAUUUUAACUGAAUUGAAGAGGUUGCUUGGAAUGCACCAAGAUGAAGAGAUAAGCAUAACAAUCACUGGUCACAGCUUAGGCAGUGCUCUGGCAAUUCUUAGCGCGUAUGAUAUUGUUGAAACGGGUCUAAAUGUGUUGAAAGAUAGCAGAGCUGUGCCCGUGAGUGUGUUCUCCUUUUCGGGUCCUAGGGUUGGUAACGUGAGAUUCAAGGAACGGAUCGAAACGCUUGGAGUUAAGGUGUUGAGGGUGGUGAAUGUGCAUGACAUAGUCCCUAAAUCGCCGGGAUUGUUCUUCAAUGAAAACGUGCCACCAAUGUUGAUGAAGCUAGCUGAGGGAUUGCCGUGGAGUUACUCGCACGUUGGAGUUGAACUGGCAUUAGAUCACAAAAACUCGCCAUUUCUGAAACAGACUGGGGAUCUGACCUGUGCACAUAACCUGGAAGCUCACUUGCAUUUACUUGACGGAUAUCACGGAAAAGGCCAUAGGUUUGUGCUGGCAAGCGGAAGAGACCCUGCUUUGGUGAACAAGGCUUCUGACUUUUUGAAAGAUCAUUACUUGGUUCCACCAUAUUGGAGGCAAGAUGAGAACAAGGGCAUGGUGAGGAACAAGGAUGGGCGGUGGAUGCAGUCUGAACGGCCGAAACUUGACGAUCACCCUGAAGAUAUGCACCACCAUCUCAAGCAAUUAGGCCUGGCAUCCGAGCAUUAGAUUUGACGUCAAUCAUCUUGUAAUUAACAAGGCAAUAAUGUGUAGAUCAUACAAUGGAAUUGGUAAAUGAAAGCAUUUAUUGUGGGAUUCCAAAGCUAAUUUAUGGCAGUACAGCAACCUGUGUAAAGAUCAAAAGUUCAGAACUGGAGUUUUAGGCUCACCCUCUGGCCUCUUGCACUGGGAUGACAGAGUUUACGUAGGAACAAGCACACACACAUGAGGUUUCCUUAUGCUGUCUCCGUUACUAUCAUCAACCUGCGCUUCUAUGAAAUUGGAAAUUGGAAAUUGGAACAGUGUUGUAUUUUUUUUUCCUCCCAUCAACAGUAAACCACAUCAACCGAUAUGCAAUUAAGUUGUCCACCGUGAUAAGUAUCAGACAGUAUUCAUUUCAUUUUUAAAGUCUUGUGAAAUGCGGGAUAAACAAGGAAAAAGCAUAUAUGCAGACGAUAAUUCUCAUUCCUGGAU